AUGAGUAUCAGUCGGGUUCGAGUUGUCGAUCCAUUAUCUACACCACCUCCUACAACAAAACCAGUUAAAAGUACAACAAAAAAAGAAAAAGUAAGAGAACCUCCACCAGUUUCAAUUUCAAUAAUAAGUGCUGUCAAUGGAGAGUCUGUUGAUUCAAUUAUAUCAGGGAAUUCAUUCCACUUUUUAUUAGAAGGAUUAACACACGAAGUAUUUUCAGUUCAACCUGAUGGGAGUUCACAAACACUAAACACAGAAAAGUCAGAUACUAUCGAAAUAUUUGGAAGGGGUGGGGCUGUAGUUCACAUUACAUGUGAUUGCAGAGAGGUUAUUAUUCAAUAUCAAUCGAAAUAUGCAUCAGUGAUUGUAAGUCCAACAACUACUGUCUCAGAAGUAAUUCGAAGUAUUGAACAUAGUCUAGGACUAAAAGGUCAUCACACAUUAUAUUUGAAUGAAGGAAGAAGAAAAAGAAUUCCAUUGAGAAAAAAUACCCUAAUUUGGGGAUUAAAGAAUGAUUUUACUUUAAAAGAUAUUAAUGUUAUUAUUGGAGAAGAGGAUUUAAUUCCAUUGCAACCACCGUUUGUUACAAGUGAUGUGUUAUGUAUUGCAGAAUUUCAAAAUAUACCACCAUUUGAGACAAUUGUAGAGUCUACAUGGAACCACGAAGAAUUGAUUAAAUUUUUAUUAGAGUCUAUUGGGAUUGAUUCAGAAGUUUGGAAAGAAUAUGAUUUAGUUUUAAAGAAAGGAUAUAAGGCAAUUAGAUUUGAAGGUAUUGUAGGACAAUGGGCUAAAGAAGGUGCAAUAGUAGUUGAAGUCAACAAAAAACCAGAUUGUCAUGUUAUAGUUGUUGGAGAUUAUGAUGAUAAACCACAUAAAUGUCUUAGAACUGUUGAGUUUUAUAGACAAGCACCAACAGAAGAUGAUUGUUGGGCUUAUGCAAGUAGAAUGAGUUUCACAGUAGCAACAAGUAAUCUGACAUUAGUCACUAAUGUAGCACAAAAGUUCCAAGCUACUAAUACUUAUAUAUUCACUAUUGAAGAGAAUGGAAUUACUAAUUUUGCUGAUGCACAAAGUGUUGUUGGAAAUGCUAAAAAAAUUAUCUUUGUAAAAUCAGAAGAACCACCUGGAAUUUCUUUUUGUAGAGCACUAGAAGUACUUGAUCCAUUUGAAUCUGUGGUAUAUUCUGAAGGAGAUCUUUUAGUAACUAAGUAUAGAACUAUUUUAGUAUCUUCAUCAGUAGUCAGUGUUCCUCAUGCAUCAGUUGCUAUAUUACAAAUAUUUAUUAUUGAUGAUAAACGAGAUGCUUUAUUGUUAAUUGCUAAAGAUUUACAACGUAUAAUAAUUACUGGAGAAUCUAACAAAAUCAGAAAAUUAUUAAAAAUUUAUUAUUCUGAGGAUAAUAGAUUGUUAUUCCCAAGAAAUGUUUCAGAAACGUAUGCCUUCAGAUCAAGUGGAACAACUUCAACUGAAAGUGAAUGGAGAGCAUUAUCAUUUACUAAAGAAUUCUCUCGUUUAGGAAUUACUUCAUCAAAUGGAUUUAAAGUUAUAGACAAUAGAGACGGUCAUAUAAGUGUUACAUAUCCACCUAUGGUUGCUGUUCCUGAUGGUGUUGAUAUUUCUUCUAUUCUUACAUUUAGGUCCAAAGGAAGAAUACCUGCUAUUUGUUGGAGAGGAGCUGGAAACCAAACAAUAUCAAGAUCGGCACAGCCAUUACCUGGAGCAUUAGGAAGAGCUCGAUGUGAGGCUGAUGAGUUAUUACUAAAGACUUUAGUGACACUAACAAAAGGAGGAGAAAUAUUAUCAAUAUUUGAUGCUCGACCUCCAUUAAAUGCCCAAGCAAAUAGAUUACAAGGAGGAGGAGUUGAGUCUAAUACAUAUUAUCCAUUUUGUGAAUUUCAAUAUCUUUCUAUUGAGAAUAUUCAUGAAGUAAGAAAUGCAUAUUACAAAAUGUUAAAAGCAAUUCUUAUGAUGCCACAUAAUUCAUAUGAAUAUAAGAAUGUAAUAGAAGGAUGUAAAUGGUAUCAAUUUUUACAUUCCAUUCUUGUUGGUGCAGUAUUAAUUGUAAAUAAAAUUAAAGAAGGAAAUUCUGUGUUAGUCCAUUGUUCUGAUGGAUGGGAUAGAACAAGCCAAUUAACAUCUCUUGCAAUGAUUAUACUUGACCCUUACUAUAGAACAAUCGAAGGGUUGUUAACUCUUAUUGAGAAAGAAUGGAUUACUUUUGGUCAUAGAUUUAAACAAAGAAGUGGAUUAGGGUGUAGAUAUGAUAUUGAUGUUACACCAAUAGUUCAAACUUUAUUUAGAGAUGUUAAACCAAAAGAUUUCCAGAAACAAGAACAGAACGAUAAUGAGUCAUCUCCUAUUUAUGGACAAUGGAUUGAGUGUGUUGAAAUUAUUAGAAAACAACAACCAGAUGCUUUUGAAUACAAUGGAGAUUUACUAAUCUUUUUAUUAGAUAGUUUGUAUAAUUGUCAAUUUGCAAAUUAUUUAGAAUAUCCAAAUACUUGUUCUUGUAAUAUCUCUAAUCUUCUUUCAAUGGUUCCUUAUGUUUAUUCUCAUAGAAUUAAAUUUACUAAUACAUCUUUUAAAGCUGUAGCAGAUGAUCUAAAAGUUUCUUUGAAUCCAUUACAAUUUAAGUUAUGGAAAGAGUAUUAUUUAAGAUAUGAUAAACCUGUGGUAUUAAAUAUUUGA